AUGGGCCGGCGCUUUGAACACCUGGGCCUUGAAGUGCGAGAAGAUGUCAAAGGAAGAGGGCUGUAUUGCACGAGAAAUUUUGCGCAAGGUGAGACCAUCCUGAACGGAGAGGCGGCUCUUCGUGUUUGCCUUCCAGACUUAUGGAAGAACUACUGCACCGACUGCUUCAAAAGCGAACGCGAGAAUGGAAGUUUGAGGAUCUGCACAGGGUGCGGCAUGGUUGCGUUUUGCUCAUCCUGCUGGCCGAACGAGAGAUGGCAUAAGGAGGAGUGCCCUAUUCUAGCACACCUGCUUCAGGCCUGUCAAGGAUAUGCCAGAGCUCAGAACAACGACCAAUGGCAAAACCUGGUGUGCUGCGCGCUGUCAAUCUCCCGGCUGCUGCGACUCCUGCAUGGCGGCCAAGAGCCUAGAUCUCCUGCCGAGCUGGCCACCGCCUCGUUGGACGACUUCGCCGAGCUUUGCACACCACCAGAGGACAUCUCUGGUGAUCCUGAAGGCUUUGCGGCCCUGCUGGUGGCCGAGCCCUUGAAUUCCCUGUUUCCGGCAGAACUGCGACACAGCCAAGACUUGGCCACCGUGAUAUGCCAUUGCUACGAACAGCUGACUUGCAACAGCUUUCUUGCGUGCAGUGCCGACGAAACUCCUGUUGGCCAGCUGUGUGACCCAGUUGCAGCUCUUCUGAACCACUCAUGCAAACCCAAUGCUGCAAUGGUGUGGAACAUUCCGGUCGAGGGCAGGACACACAGCGUCAAAUGCAUUCGUGCCCUCACUGCUGGGGAAGAGGUUCUGAUCAGCUAUGUGGAUCCUGGACGGCCAUGGUGGAUUCGCCAACCUACUCUGAAAGCUACGUACGGAUUCAUUUGCGACUGCGCCGUCUGUCGAGAGAUCAGUGCUUGGGAGCGCCGUUGUGGGUCACGAGGCCUUGACAUCCCACCUGGCAUCGAGAAUAGCAUAGCUGCCGUGAAGGCAGCCGAUGGGACAAUUCUCAUGAUGAGCGCGGAAAGAACGAGAGGAUUGUGCACAUUUCUGCACAAAGAGAUGGGGAUCGCUGUGCAAGCGGCACCAGACAAAGAUAUCUGCCGUGUCGCCGAUGCCGCGACUUCUCUUGGAAAGCUGACAGACACCGAUGGUCCCCCACUGACUUCGCAAGAAGCAGGUUGCAGGCUGGAACAGCUGGGUGCAGCUGUGCAGACUCUGCUGCAGCUGCUUGGGCCGCGGCAUAUGCUCCUGCGGGAGCUUGUCAGCGUUCUCAGACUUGCAGAAAUUGCGGAGGACUGGAAGACUUGCAUGGAAUUGGCUCCCGCAGUGCUGACCUCGCUAGCAGUUCCAGAUGGCGAGAUGUCAGCCAGAAAAGCUGAUGUCCUCGCGCUUCUGUCCAUCGCCAGGCUCAGGACUGCUGGGGACGAUGUCUCGCGGAUGAAGGCUCAGGCCGAAGCCGGGCAGGCACUGGAGGCCAUGGCCCGGCUGUAUGGGGAGACUUUGCCGAGUCAGAUCCGAUUCACCACGCUGCAGCAGCUGCAUCGAUGCCACACCGCGAAGACCGUGAACCUGGACAGCAUGGAUUGA